AGCCAUGACAAUUGUUGAUAAUCAACUGGAGUUAUUUUUUUCCUUUAGAGUAAAAUAAUUUCAAGCCAAGCCCUUUCCCCCAGGGGAGCUCUUGGACCAUACCACAACGAACAUAAGAUACCGACUUGCAUGAAGGGCUAAUGGAAAACCCAAGGGAUAUGGCUGAGCACACUCCCCGCUCAGAGCGGAAGAGGAGAGAUUCGUUCGGGAUGUUUGACGGGUAUGACAGCUGCAGUGAAGACAGCAGUAGCAGCUCCAGCUCAGAGGACAGUGAGGAUGAAGUCCCCACAACCUGUGAGAUGUGUGGUAUGGUUGGUGUGCGAGAUGCUUUCUACUCUAAAACAAAGAGAUUCUGCAGUGUAUCCUGCUCUAGAAGCUAUUCCUCCAAUUCUAAAAAGGCCAGUAUACUGGCAAGACUUCAGGGUAAACCACCUACGAAAAAGGCAAAAGUCUUACAGAAACAGCCAUUAAUGGCAAAGUUGGCAGCUUACGCACAGUAUCAAGCAAAUCAACAGAACCAAGCUAAAUCAAAAUCAGUGGUACCUGUUGAAGGCUUUGACUGGGGCCAGUACAUUUGUAGCAAUAAUCUUGUUGGUGCACCAGUCAGCUGUUUCAAACAUGUGCCCAUGGGUAUGUGCUGGGGUGACAUAGCAGAGGGGGUGAGGGUGGAGGUCCUCAAUUCUGACACAAACCUCUCCACAAAAGUUUACUGGGUAGCAGGGAUUGUCAAACUGGCAGGUUUUAAAGCUCUUCUGCGCUAUGAGGGUUUUGAUAACGACUCAAGCAAAGACUUCUGGUGUAAUCUAUGUAUCCCAGAAAUCCACCCUGUUGGAUGGUGUGCUACUAGUGGAAAGCCACUGGUGCCUCCGAAAUCCAUCCACCAUAAGUAUUCUAACUGGAAAGCGUUUCUUGUGAAACGACUCACUGGAGCCAAAACACUUCCACCAGAUUUCGCCACAAAGGUUCAGGAAAACAUGCAGUACCCGUUUAAGAAACUGAUGCGUGUGGAAGUUGUGGAUAAGACCCACCUGUGCCGAACCCGCGUGGCCCUGGUGGAACAGGUGAUCGGCGGACGUUUGCGCCUGGUGUAUGAGGAGAGCCAGGACGGCACCGAUGACUUCUGGUGUCACAUGUACAGCCCACUCAUCCACUCCAUUGGCUGGUCACGUAGCAUUGGACACCGUUUCAAAAGAUCUGAGGUGACAAAGAAAAUGGAGGGUCAGAUGGAUGCUCCGUCACAGUUGUUUCUUAAGGUUAAGGAUGUGGAUCAGAGUGGGGAAUGGUUUAAAGAUGGAAUGAAGUUGGAGGCAAUAGACCCUCUAAAUCUCUCUGCUAUAUGUGUUGCUACUGUAAGAAAGGUGUUGGCAGACGGGUACCUAAUGAUCGGGAUUGAUGGUUCUGAGGCUGCUGAUGGGUCAGACUGGUUCUGCUACCACUCAACCUCUCCCUCCAUCUUCCCAGUCGGCUUCUGUGAAAUCAACAACAUUGAGCUCACACCCCCAAGAGGGUACACCAAACUCCCUUUCAAAUGGUUUGACUACCUCAGAGAAAUGGGUUCAAUUGCAGCCCCUGUGAAGCUCUUUAACAAAGAAGUACCGAAUCACGGCUUCCGUAUAGGUAUGAAGGUGGAGGCAGUGGACCUGAUGGAGCCACGUCUGGUGUGUGUCGCCACAGUGACCAGGAUUGUCCACAGACUCCUGCGCAUUCAUUUUGAUGGCUGGGAGGAUGAGUAUGAUCAGUGGGUGGACUGUGAGUCUCCAGAUCUCUACCCCGUAGGCUGGUGCCAACUGACUGGCUAUCAGCUGCAGCCGCCUGCCACACAGACCACAAGAGAAGCACCACCAAAUGUCUCCAAACAGAAAAAGAAGACUGCACAGUAUAAAGGACAAAAGAAAAAGGCCUCGCUGCAGUUGAAAGAAGAGACUCCUGAGAUGGACGAGUUCACCUUCUCACAGGGCAUCUCAGACCAGGAGAGCAACGGCUCAGGCAGUUACUACAUCAGACAGGAGCCCUGAGCAGCAUCAGCCAUCACGGAGCCUCACCUCACUGCCAACAGCACUGGAAAAAUCCCACUCGGAGCGAUGCACACGAGGCCUGGGAGAAGACACAGUGACUUCCCCUCACACCAGGUCUCUCUCUUUUCGUUUUAUUGUUCCUUUUCAGGUUUGAAAAGCUUGAAGAAUGGACUUCUCAGUCAUUGAUCCGAGAGAGAAGGGUGUGUAUAAGAGGGGAUUUUGUUUGAAAUGGGGAUACUGUUUUUUUUUUUGUCCUGACUUUUCGCCCGAUGGACUUUUUCUCCUCAGUGUUCAUUGUACUUGAAGUUUUCUUCGCUUUUUCUGUCUUUAUUUCCCCAUUUGGUGAGGGAAAAAACCCCCCAACUUUUUGGGGGGUAAGAUUUCAGUACAUUGUGUGUUUCUUGCGCUGUUUAAUUUGUUUUGGAUGGGUGUGCAUUUGGUAAGAGUAGUAGAAAUCUAUAUUGAGACAGUAUAUUCAUACAUGUAUGACAUUCAUAUUAAACACACACAUAUAUAAAUAUUUAAACGUAUAAAUAUAGUAGUGGAAUGAGGGAUGAUGGUGUUGAAAUCAAACCUUACUGGUAUGAAGAGUAGACUAAUGGA